GAUUAAUAAAUAGGAUACUUUAACAAAUAUCGUAACACUUUCAUUUAUUUGGUUUCCGAGGUAUCUUAGGUUAGGAUUAUUUAAAGUCGCAAUAUUUUUGAGGCUUAAAUUUAAUUAAAAUAUGUUAUAAUGUCUUCAAAAGCAGUCAAAUCCGUAAAAGGCUUGGGAAUAUUUAAAAAACAGGGAUUAUUUGAUAAAGGCGUAGGAGCUCUUCUUCCAGAGGCCUACAAGAAAUUUUAUAAAGAAUGGAGACUUACCGAACCUACCGCCGUACAUUAUAUUCCUGAAGAAGGAAAAUGGAAACGUGAUGAAUUAACUGGUGAAGUUAUUCCUAUUCAGAAUAUCCCUUUGCCAUUAUCUUAUCCAAAAGAACAUAAUAACCAUCUUUGGGGUGGGGAAGCAGUGGUACAGGGUUUUCAAAUUAGGGACAAAUUUCGGAGAAGAGUACCUCAUUUUUGGGUUCCUGUUUUGAAAAGGUCUGUGGUUCACACAGAGGUGCUAAACAAGUUUUUUUCAGUUAUUGUAACUGAUAGGACCAUACGAUUGAUAAAUUCUAAUUAUGGAUUUGAUCACUACUUAUUAAAGACUCCGGCAUGCGAUUUAAAAUCAUUACUUGCACUGAGCCUCAAAAGAAAAAUAUUAAAAGAAUUGGAUGCUGGGUGUCCUUUAUAUAAAAAUCAGCCAGAGAUCCAAUCGCGAUUGUUAAAUAAAUAUGGGAAAUAUUUGGAAGCGUACACAAGUGAAGAAAUUGAUUGGUACGGAUAUUCAUAUACCGAAGCGUGCAAUAGGAUUCAGAAACAGAUGGAAGAAGGUGAAAAGAAAGUACCUUUGAAGUACAUUUAUCGUGCCGAAUUAAUAGACAAACUUAGAGCGGCAAAAUUGGAGGAAGCUAUGAGUCAGUCCUUGAAGUCUAGUCAAAGUGGCUUAGAUGCAACCUGGCUACGGAAAAUGAAUCCUUUUGGCAAGAAACGAGAAACCUAGGAAUCCAAAGAAAUGUAGAUUUUGUUUAUAAAUAAAUAUUGAAAAUAUGUUAAAUA